UGCAGGAGGAGAGAGAGAGGCAGGAGAGGAUCAAACAGACAACACAGCUGGUGUCUGCAGACAGGAUAAGAGGUGGAGCUGCUUGCAACAAUAACAACAACAUCCCAACAGUGGAUUACUGCUGGACCUACAUGCUUUUCUCUCUGCAUCUUUUCUCGUAAACUGUACAAAAAGUAAGUGACCAACCAAUCUUUUGGCAUCCUUGACGUGCUAAUGUUUGGGGGGAUUAAAGGGAUUAGUAGAGAUUGUAAGUAUACUGGGCAGUAUGGCACUAGCUAAUCUACACCCCCAGAAGUGGGAUGAAUGGAAGACAGAAAUGGAGGAGAAAGGGAGGAUGAGAUGGAGGGAUGAGGAUGAAGAUUCUAAUUUGACAGGAUUUGAGGAUGAAAUGGAAAAAGGUGCAAAUGAAUUUUGCAACUUUGAAGGAAUGAAGGAUGAAGAGAGAGUUGUUGAGAAACUGCUAGAUCCUGAUGAAAAGUCAUGGAGGAAUGAAAACAGCACCCCCGGAGCAUGGACUUCUAAGGAAAGAAAAGACUCAAUAACUCAUGAAGAAGAGUUUCAAGAGCAUGAAGACACACUUCAAGAGCAAGAGGAAGAGUCUACAGAUGAUGAGGAAGCAGGACUUUCAGUGGAUGAAGACGUAGAUAGUGAUGGUGAAAAUGUGGUACAGAUUUACUGCCAAGAUGAUUACCCCACACAUAUAUUCCACAUCUUGACAGAGUUCAGGGAAUCCUCCCUUCUCACUGACCUUACUUUGAGCACAGAGGAUGGGAAGACUUUCCAUGUACACUCCCCUGUCCUAGCUGCUGUCAGCUCCCUCAUCGAGGAAAGUCUGAGUGGAAGCGAUGUAGAAAAUGAUCAAGUUGAUGAAAUCAAAGACAAUGACAAAAGUGUUGGAGUGCAGAGGAGGUCAGUGUCUUUGGGUCCAGAGGUGGAUCACAUUGGAUUAGAGGCGGUUGUGGAGUUUGCAUACACUGGACUCAUAUCACGUUUGAAGAGGGAUACUGUGGACCAGAUAAAGGCUGCUGCUAAAACACUGGGUGCUCCAAGGGUGUUGGAUCUCUGUGCCAAGGAAGAGGAGAAGUCAACAAAAACUGGAGGACAGAAGAAAGAAGAAGGGAUUUCUGCUGCUGAACAAAUGAUGAUCAGUCUUCAGUCCAUCAGACAGCUAUGGAUGGACAGAGUGGGCUGUGAUGUCAUUCUAAAAGCUCGCGGGGCAUCAUUUCAUGUCCACAGAGUCAUCCUGGCUGCAAGUAGUGACUACUUCCGUGGCAUGUUCACCUUGGGGAUGAGGGAGUCACUUCAGCCUUGUGUCACCCUCCCCUUCCUUUUAGCUUCAGAGCUGGAAGUUCUGAUUGGCAGCUCCUACAGUGGUGCUGUCCCCCUCAGCUGGAGUUGUGUCUUCGAAAUCACUGGCACCUCCCUUCAACUCCAGUACCAACCUGCCCUCUCCUUGUGCCUGAGCUUCCUGCAGCAAGAAAUAAAUCCCCACUCCUGCCUGGAUGUGGCAGCUUUUGCUGAGGCCUAUGACAUGGUGCCGCUUCUCGAAGUCGCUGAUGAUUUCGUCUUGCGGCAAUUCCAAAAGGUGGCUAGCACCUCAAAGUUCAAGGACCUGCCAGCCAAACACCUCCUUAAGUACCUGAACAGCUGCUCACUGUGUGUUCCAUCUGAGCUUGUUGUAUUCAAAGCAGUCGUUGCCUGGAUCCAAGCCAAGCCAAAGAGAAGGGUGAAACUCGCCAACGAACUAAUGAAAACCAUCCAUUUUCCCCUGAUGACUUUUAAAGAAUUCAAAGAGGUUCAGUCUCUGAAUAUGUGGUCUGAUCACAGCCUAGCAGAACUCUAUGAAGCAGUUUUUGAAGAUUUCUGCUCCAAUGAGACGGCACCGCAAAGUCAGUGCCGCAUAUAUCUGCCGAAAGACAGUCUGGUCUUGAUUGGAGGUGACCAGAUCUGCGAGGACCUUGGUGACCGCAGCAUCAGUAGGGAACUCUGGUUUGGGAAUUCCCUGGUGAACCAUACAGGGAUUAAAAAGGCCAUGGAGUGGAGAAGGUUGGGAGAGAUGCCAGAGCCAGCAAGGUUUAGACAUGAGGUGGCUGUACUCAAUGGACAACUGUACAUGUUUGGAGGCAAGAGGUAUUAUGGCAUCAAUGACACCUUGGAUUCUGUUUAUAGGUAUGACCCUCUUCAAAACAGCUGGGAGAAACUGGCUGAAAUGCAAGAAAAGAGAUGUGCUUUCUCUGUUGUUGUGCUGGAUGGAAACAUAUAUGCCAUUGGCGGACAUUGUGACCCUGACUAUAUAGAGAGUGUGGAACAGUACAGCCCCACUGCAAACUCUUGGGGCUUUACCUGUCCUUUGGAUCUGCCUCUAAGCGGGCAUGUUGCAAAGGUUUUACAAGGGCAGAUCUUCGUCUCAGGAGGGCUGAACAGUGAUUACCAGUGUCUGGCAUCCAUGUUUCUGUAUCACCCAGAGACAGGAAGCACCUAUCUGGCAAACAUGACUCAACCACGUGCUCACCACUGCAUGGAGACCCUGGGUGACCGUCUCUAUGUGGCAGGCGGAAUCACCACAGACGCUAACAUGACUAUCAUAGACCACCUAGCUUGUGAGGUGUACAAUCCAAUGGCUGACUCCUGGACUGCCAUCAUAUCUCUGCCAGUGCCACAUGUCGGAGCAGGAAGUGCUGUUUUGGAGGGGAAGUUUUAUGUGCUUGGCGGGUACAGCCAAGAGGACUUUAGUGAAACUAAGAUAGUCCAUCGUUAUGAUCCUGCCAUACACAGAUGGGAGAACAUGGGCAAGAUGCCUGGGCCAAACAAUGACAUACGAGCAUCUUUGCUGUGUUUGCCAUUACAUAUGCGAUUGUAAGAGGUGGAGGAAAUGUCAAAUGUCAAGGUUUAAUGAUGCUGAAUUUCAGGUUAGUUAUUGCAUGGUAGUAACAGUUGUAUUUUGUUAAAGCUAUGAAGUAUGUUUUAAUUGAAAUAUGCUCUAAAGCAUAUCUUAAUAUUGAGAGGCUCAUUGAACAGCCUGGCAGCAGUACAGUGAUAUUUCCUUCUUACGCUUUUAAGCGAGCCUCACCCUUCUAACCAAUCAGAGAAGGCCAAAGUCAGGGGUGGGAGCUCAUGGCUGUCAAUCAAUACAUGAACCGACUUAUUGCCUACUACUCCUCUCAUACCGGGGCUCCAAGCUAGCAUUAGCUGAGAGUACAGGUAAAGGGCUUUGAGGACCACAACGGAGCAAAGAGAAGGAGGGGAGAAAGGAGCAGAGUAGUUUGCUUUUCAGUUUCAUGCUAGCGCUAGCUUGGUUUCCAGAGCUUGCAUAUUGUAGCUUUAAAAAAAAAGAAGCAAACAUUCUUUCAUUGUAUAGGAUGUAAGGAUGUUUGUGACUCUUAGAAUCAUACAAUACUAUGAUUCUUGAUCAUGAUGAAUUUAUGUAGUUAAAUCUACUAUCUACUUAAAUUUUUAGCAUGCUUACUGUAAUAUAUAGGCUACAGUAUGUUAUCCGGUGCAUUUUUGGUGCUAUGUGUUCAGAUUAAAUGCACUGUAUUCAAAGUGUUCAUGGUUUGGAUGGGGAUGGUACAAUAAUUAGUUAAUAACAACUGAAAAUUAAUACAAAUAUUUUUUACUCCUAUUACUGCUUUAACCAAGAGGGAUCAGCUCCUACAUCAGACUUUCAGAGAGUGCAGAGAGCAGUGUUUAGUCACCAAAGAAAGGAAAAGAGACAAUACAAAAAGUUUUUUGUUUUUCAUUUAUUGUUCUGAAGAUGUUCACAAACUAUCCUUUCAUUAAAAGUUACUUGAAAAAUAGGUGUUGGUUUUUGAGGUUUUUUUCAAUCAAAGUUAAUUUUUUAAUAUUGAUAGUUCAUGUUCAUGUUUAUAGCACAAUAUCAUACAAAGCAAUUUAAAGAGCUUUACAAAGUGAUAGAACAGUAGGUAGACAUGUUUAUCUUAUUUGAGCCAAGAUAAUUAUAAUGUUGAAUUUUCAUAUCAGCACAUGACUAACGACAGUGCCACGAUCUCAAGGAACUGGUUUUACAAACACUACUAUUAUUGCAUGAGUGUCUCUCCUCAGGAUAUAACCAUAAUGUAAAUGUGUGAUGUCUGAUCAUCUACACAGUGAAGAGGACAAAACCACUGAAGGUUGUGUGUCCACUCAGGUUAUCAAACACUCUACUGUCAUCCCACAGUUCCAUGUGCACCUUAUCGCCAGCAACCAGUUGCAGAACAAUAGCAUUACUGCUACUGUCUGAGGCGUCAGCUGAACGGUGAUCAUAGAUUGAAACCUGAUGGACGCCAUUCUUUAUUAAAAUGGCCCCCAUGUUAUGACUGUUGUAGCCAUAGGUGCUGAAGCUGAAGUAGUAGAGACCGUUCACUGGUGCUGUGAAGAUCCCUGCAACAAUGCAAAAACAAGCAGAUUCAAGAAGUUUUACUCAAAUUACAAAUAGGUUUGAGUUUUAUUGUUCACAUUUUUCUAAGAGGCAGGGCCAAACCUUAGCGUGUGCAGUCAAAUAAUUAUGUUUUUUCAGAACCAGAGUUAGCUAACAGGAGACUCAUAAUAUUACCAAUUCAUUUAUGAUUGAGAAUAGUCUAUAGCUGUAAUGUCUUUCCUUUAUUUAUUGUAAAUAUAAUGUUACUCAGGAUAAGUUGGCCCACACAAUUGAAUUUUG